AUGAGUUCUGCAGUGAAUGGGCGCAUACCCCGCCGCAAGUCGCCAGGCUCCAUCGUGCAGCUCGGCAAGGAGCUGGAGAGGGAAGCGGGGAGGACAGACAGCUUGGAGAUCGCUCCUAAACCCUUCCGGGCACUCGAGGAGUGUAAAAUGCUGGUGCAAGACUUCAACACACAGGUGGCCCUCUACCGCGAACUGGUCAUUUCCAUUGGGGACGCCUCGGUGGACUCUCCCUCCCUGCGAGCUGAAAUGCAGAGGACACGGGCCAAAGGUUGUGAGAUGGCCCAGAACGCACAUCAGAAACUCUCCGCAAUCUCAGGCGCUGAAGAUGGGGAAAUCCAUCCAGAAAUUUGCAGGCUUUAUAUCCAGCUUCAGUGCUGUCUGGAGAUGUACACAACAGAAAUGCUGAAAUCAGUCUGUCUACUAGGGUCCCUUCAGCUUCAUCGGAAAGGGACAGACUCCUUGAUGGCUCCCAAAUUAAUAGACAGCAAACAGGAAGAGAGUUCUCAAGCUCCAAUUUUAGAAGAUCCACCAAUUUCACCUCUCCAAGAUCUUCAGCCAUAUUCUUGGCAUGUUUCCACAGAUAUUGAAAAUACUGAAAGAGACAUACGAGAAAUGAAAAAUCUUCUAAGCAAACUCAGGGAGACUAUGCCUUUACCACUAAAGAACCAAGAUGAUAGCAGCCUCCUCAAUCUGACUCCAUAUCCACUAGUGAGGAGGAGGAAACGAAGAUUCUUUGGACUUUGCUGCCUUGUAUCAAGUUAAAGGAUAACUAACACGAGACUGAGAGGAAAUGUCAUUGAAUGCCUAUCUUGAAGAAGUUCUACUCAUCUUUCCAAUGGGAUUUCCGUUUGUCUCUCUUGCUGUAUUAAUUUUCAUUGUUUUCCUGUAUUUAGUCAGGGAUUUAGAAACCUCCUCUUUCACAACCACACCCACUUCAUAGUAA